AUGUGGCCACGGGAGCAUGACGUUCAUUUUGAGGAGCUGCUAUCCCAAGGUGUGACUUUCGAACAAGUUCGUGCGUACAUCUUGCUGCGCCAGUCGCAGCUCUCCAUGGAGGACCGAAAGAAGAUCAUCGUGGAGAUGGGAGGUAGCUUGGAGUAUAAGAAGGUGUGCUCCUCGAUUCGGCUACUUGGGUCACGGUUCUUUGCCGAUCUGCAGGGUCAGAAAACUGCCAAGACACGAACCUAUGAUGCCAAUCUUGUGGAGGAUGCCCCUCCCGAAGAGGGCGAGCGAGCUUAUGGUGCCUUCUCGGCAAGCGCUGCCGAUGAAGGAGAGAUUGAACUCGAUGACAACUUCCUCGAGAUCAUGGUGGCCUCAGAGGACCAGGAUGCCUUGCAGGUUCAGGCCUUCGAAGAAGAGCUGGAGAAUUUCUUUCAGGAUACUCCAGAAUUGCAGGAGGCACUGGUGAGCUACAUUGAGGCCCGAUCUCGUUUGCUAGCCAAGAAGAAGUCGCGCGGCUUCUGGCCCAUCGGUGCUGGAAAAGGCUCCACGAAGGGAGGCCGCGGCUUCAAGGGCUCUGGCAAGGGGAAAGGAAAGCAUCGAGAACAACUCCUCGCUCGCAUCGCUAGGUCAACAUGUCGGAUUUGCGGAGAAAAGGGCCACUGGAAGGCCGAGUGCCCUCGCCGCAAGCAGAGCUCCUCAGGAGAAGCCACGACCACGGUGGCUGAGGCCUUCGCUGAGGCCCUCGAGGUGCCUGGCCUUGGUGAUGAGGUUCCGGUACCUGAGAUCUCGACGCAGCUGCCCGCGGAUGCUUUGAGCCUCGAGGAGGCUCUGGUUGUUUGCUCGCUCCCAAACCCAAACGAGAUCAACCUUAAGCUGCAGAAACUAGUCCAGAAGCUGAAAACCCAAAAGCCCAACCUUUCCAAAAUCAGCUUUCACAGGCCGCGCAACAGUGGGGAACCUCGCUUGACUGAUGAAUCCUGUUGCUUUCUGAAGCGUUCCUGUGAUUCCGAGCCCGCCAUAGCCGCUCUUGUCCAUCACCAGGGUCCCGUAGAAGCCAUCCUAGACACAGGUGCUAGUAGAUGUGUUAUGGGCAAGAGCUUGCUUCAGAGGUUUCUCGGCCAGCUGAAUGAUUCGGUCCGUUCUAGAGUUCGGGUUACCAAGAGUUCCAUUCGCUUUCGGUUCGGCAAUAACCAGACGUUGCUGAGUGAGCGUAGGAUUCAUCUUCCUUUUGGGACACCGAAUCAGCAGGUUUUGUGGCUGGGGAUAGAGAUUGUGCCGGGCAGCACGCCUCUGCUGUUCAGCAAACGCGCCAUCAAGCAGUUGGGAGGCUUGAUAGACACCGAAGCUGACGUGUGCGAGCUCCGUAGACUGCAGCGAAGUCUGUUGAUGCAGACUGGCCCUACCGGGCUUUACAUGAUCGACCUUGCCCGCCUGUGCGAGGUUGCAGCCUUCGCCGACCCAUGCAUGUUAGGCAGCAGCUUGGGCAUGCGUCUUGCCCGCCUCCGAGACCCAGUGCAAAAUCUGACUUUGGAGCAGCUGCAGGCCCUUUCACUCGAGGCCCAUGGAGCUCACGUCGUGAACUUCGGCACCAAGGUGAAAGGCCGUACUUUUCAAGAUGUCGUCGAGAACGAAGCCGAGUGGACCAAGUGGAUCGUAGAGCACAUGAGCACAAGCCCCAAACGAAGCCACCAGAGCUUCAUCAUGUACGUCGAAAAGUACGUGAGCCAAGCCGAGGAGAUCGAAGCGGCCUUGAUCGAAACUGCAAUCUCGGGCGAGCCCCCAGUUCGCAUGAUUGCUCAGGCCAAACCCAAGGUGCGCUCGAGCAGCAAGGCCGCGCCCAAGGCGAGCAGCCGCCCUGUGACCGAGGCCGUGAGCGAGGACCCCUGGGAGUUCAUGGAGGAGCCGGCGAUUACCGAUCAGGUGACCGCCCUGAACCAUCGCAUGUUGACGAUGGAGCAGAUGAUGCAGGAGAUGAUUUCGGCCAUUCAGCGACUGAGUGUCGGCCAGAAUGCCUCGUGA